CUGUCACACUCCUUGUCUCCGUCCGCCAACAUGCCCGGCCCUGAUUUUUGGCGUCCGCUUGUUCUCUCCGGCCCCUCCGGCGUGGGCAAGUCUACCCUCCUUAGCCGCCUCUUUGCAGAGUUUCCCGACGCAUUCGGCUUCUCCGUCUCGCAUACAACCCGCAGCCCGCGCCCAGGCGAGAUCGAUGGCACCCACUACCACUUCGUCACCCGCGAUGCCUUCCUCGCCAUGCGCGAGCGCGGUGCCUUCGUAGAGUCCGCCGAGUUCUCCGGCAAUCUCUAUGGCACCAGCCACGCCGCCAUCCGCGCCGUCCAGGCACUUGGCCGCAGAUGCAUCCUCGACAUCGAAGCCCAGGGCGUCCGCCAGCUCAAGCAGUCCCCCGUCUUCGAGGGCGCGAAGGAAUCCCCCGACUCGCUCCCGAAGCCCGUCUACGUCUUCAUUGCCCCUCCUACCCUCGCCGAUCUUCGCGCGCGCCUUGCUGGAAGAGGUACCGAUACCCAGGAGGCCGUACAAAAAAGGCUCGCCACCGCCCUGAAGGAGAUUGAGUACGCAAGCUCACAACCCGCACCCCACGAUCUCGUCCUCGUCAACGAUGAUUUGGAUCGCGCCUACGCCCUCUUCAAGCAGAUCGCACUGGGCGAGCAAGUCGCUGCCGAUGCCAUGCCUGCCUACAAUAUUGAGUCGGCAGAGUUAAAACCUGUCGGCGUGGCUUCGUAGUAUCCCGGUCAUGCUUGUGUGCAAUAGACUUGGGGACAGCUAGAAUUGAUGAAUUUCUGGGAAAAUGUAGACUCGAACCAGUCCCGCUCGCGGAAGGCGGAAGGCAGACGAAAGGCAGGCGGAGGCGACGAAAGCCACCUACGGUAUCCGGGCCCGGAAGCCGAAGAUAGUUGGAAGUAAAAGCGGUGCCCGCGGAAGGCGGAAGGCAGACGAAAGGCAGGCGGAGGCGAUGAAAGCCACCUACGGUAUCCGGGCCCGGAAGCCGAAGAUAGUUGGAAGUAAAAGCGGUGCC